ACUUAGUGUCCCUGCAUGCCCAGGCUCCCCUCCCCUGGAAGGUGAUGAGGGGGUGAAGCCACGUGGCCUGGAGGAGGCCAGGGCUGUUUCUAUUAUCAUGGGGCCAAUUACUGAGCCAGAACUGAACAGAAAGCCGAAUCGGUGUCUCCUUAGGAACAGCGCACGCUCGUCGGUGUCCAGAGCCGGCAUGUCCCUGGCCACAGCACUUUCGUUCUCCAGCAGCCCCUCUGCUUGGCCUCGGGGCCCGGGGUCCGCUUCCAGGUCUGGCUCUGGUGGGCUCCGUCUGACUUCGACAGCUGCAUUGUUUAGGGUGUGGGCAUGUUUGGAAGUCAGCUUGCUGACCCUGCUCAGGGUGCUCGCUGCCACCUGCCAUGGUCACCGCGUAGAAGAUGCACCUCCACGUCGCCCACACAGCUCUUGCCGCUGCGAGGCCAGAAGCUCCUCUAACGAUGGGGAGAUAAGACGCCGUCCCCGCAGGCCGACACGACACUGUGCCGCCACCGCCAGCCGUGCCCACAUCGUCCCUGCCGCGGCUCAUGUGACAGUCAUCCAGAUGGAUCCCAGAGAGGCUGAGACGGAGCUGCGGCGCGGCCCAAGCCCCCCCAGGGCCAGCAGGAGCCAGGAGGUGGAUGGGGACAGGGCUGCGUGUCACAGCUGCUGCAUCUGUGGCAAGAGCUUCCCCUUCCAGAGCUCACUGUCGCAGCACAUGCGCAAGCACACCGGGGAGAAGCCCUACAAGUGUCCCUACUGCGACCACAGGGCUUCCCAGAAGGGGAACCUGAAAAUCCACAUCCGCAGCCACCGCACGGGCACGCUGGUGCAGGGCCACGAGCCGGAGGCGGGCGAGGCGCGAGUGUCCGAGGGCCUGGACGGCUGCGCCAGCCCCACGAGGAGCGCGUCGGCCUGCAACCGCAUGCUGAACGGGGCAGCGCCCGACGGCAAGACCCUCCUGCGGAGCAGCAGGAAGGAGGCCGAGGGGGCUGCAGGCGUGCCGGAGGAGGCCAGGGCUGCCCCCACCGCCCAGUGCUCCUUCUGCAAGAGCCAGUUUGCGCGGAAGAAGGACCUGGAGCUGCACGUGCAUCAGGCCCACAAGCCCUUCAAGUGCCGGCUGUGCAGCUUCGUGACCCUGCGGGAGGAGUCGCUGCUCAGCCACGUGGAGCGGGACCACAUCACCGCGCAGGGGCCGCGCGGCGCUGAGGCCUGCGUGGAGAAUGGCAAGCCGGAGCUGAGCCCCGGGGAGUUCCCCUGUGAGGUGUGCGGCCAGGCCUUCAGCCAGACCUGGUUCCUGAAGGCCCACAUGAAAAAGCACAGGGGCUCCUUCGACCACGGCUGCCACAUCUGCGGCCGGCGCUUCAAGGAGCCGUGGUUCCUCAAGAACCACAUGAAGGCCCACGGCCCUAAGGCGAGCAGCAAGAACAGGCCCAGGAGCGAGCUGGACCCCAUCGCCACCAUCAACAACGUGGUGCAGGAGGAGGUGAUUGUCGCCGGCCUGUCCCUGUAUGAAGUCUGCGCCCAGUGCGGGAACCUGUUUACAAACCUGGACAGCUUGAACGCCCAUGGCGCCGUGCACCGCCAGGUCGAGGCCAGCCGGACGCCAGACCCGGCCGAGGGGGCGGCCGACGGGGCGGCCGAGGGCCCCUCGGACACCAAGCAGUUCUUCCUACAGUGCCUGAACCUGAGGCCGGUGGAGGCCGGGGACGUGCCCUCUGGAGGACAGGCCGGCAGGCGGGUGGCCGAGCUGGACCCUGUCAACAGCUACCAGGCCUGGCAGCUGGCCACCAGGGGGAAGGUGGCCGAGCCGGCGGAGUACCUCAAGUACGGGGCCUGGGACGAGGCACUGGCCGGGGAUGUGGCCUUUGACAAGGACAGGCGUGAGUACAUCCUGGUCAGCCAGGAGAAGCGCAAGCGGGAGCAGGAUGCGCAGGUCACGCAAGGCCCCCCCCGGAAGCGAGUCAGCUUGCCCGGGGACCCCAUGUCGCCUGGCCACCUCGACCCCCGGCCGGCUGCUCGCCCCAGCCGACGGGCCGCUGCCACCACCGGCCAUGGCAAGUCCUCCGAGUGCUUCGAGUGCGGCAAGAUCUUCCGCACCUACCACCAGAUGGUGCUGCACUCACGUGUGCAUCGCCGUGCCCGCCGGGACAGGGAUGGCGACGCUGACAGGGCGGCACGUGCCCGCUGCGGCUCGCUCAGUGAGGGUGAUUCGGCCUCCCAGCCCAGCAGCCCCGGCUCAGGCUGUGCUGCAACCGACUCCCCAGGCUCUGGCCUGGCCGACGAGGCUGCUGACGACAGCGGUGAGGAGCCGGCCCCGGAGGCUGCCCCAGGGGGACAGCCACGGCGCUGCUGCUUUUCAGAAGACAUAGUUCCCACUGUGCUCCCCAACGGAGACCAAAGUCACCAACGUGGACGUGGCCCGCCAGAAGAAGACACCAGCGAGCUCCAAGCAGGGACUGUGACAUCGGUGCCCACACUUGACCACAGCAGCAGAGAGCUGCCCGGAAGGCCCGAGCAGCCUCGGCUCACUGUCGACCUGAAGAUGCCAGCAUGUCUUCCCAAGCUGGAGGCUCCUGGCACUGGUGACUCGCUGGCUUUCCCCGGAGCUGUGGAUGGAGCUGACCCACAGCUCGCCUUGGAGAACCUGACCGGCCACCCGAAGGAGCAGCUGCCCGAUUUGCACAAUAGAGAGCCCUCCGGGGGAGGGAAGAGGGUGCCAGCCCCGGAUCUGGUCCCGCUGGAUCUAAGCGCAAGGUCAACCCGGGAUGACCCCAGCAAUAAGGAGGUGGCCGCCUCCCUGCAGGCCGCUCUGGUCAUUCACCCAUGUCCUUACUGUGACCACAAGACGUGCUACCCUGAGGUCUUGUGGAUGCACAAACGCAUCUGGCACAGGGUCAGCUGCAGCGCCAUGGCGCCCCCGUGGAUUCAGCCCAACGGUUACAAAAGCAUCAGAAACAACUUGGUUUUCCUGUCCCGCAGCGGACGCACGGGCCCCCCGCCAGCCCUCGGUGGCAAAGAAUGCCAGCCUCUGCUCCUGGCACGGUUCACCCGCACCCAGGUACCAGGUGCGGCGCCAGGGCCCAAAAGCAGCUCCUCGCCCCUGGGCGUGACCACGAAAGCCGCUAGCAUGCCUAAGAAUCAGGGGAGCCAUUCCGGGGGCCCAUGUGCGCUCUGGGCAUCCAGUCCUGAUGGGUACCGACAGACCAGACCUGGCCCCGGGCAGGAACAGUGUGGUGCUACUGCCCAGGGGCUGCCGCUGAGGCCCAAGCAGGAGGCCAGUGCCAAGGCGGUGCCUGCUCCAGGCGGUGGGGGCUUCAGCAGAAGUGCCACCCCCACACCCACCGUCAUUGCCCGAGUUGGCACGCAGCCAUCGGCCAACAGCAAGCCCGUGGAGAAGUACGGGGCUCCCCUUGUGGGGGCUGGCUUUGCACCCCCAAGUAAGCACAGUACCCCGGACUCCCUGAAAGCCAAAUUCAGCCCUCAGCCUCAGGGUCAGCCUCCCGCGAAAGGCGAUGGGGGCCCUCCUCUACCUCCAUGUGAGCCCCCCUCCAAGGCGGCUCAGGAGCUGAGGACACUGACCACUUGCACUGCGGGGUCCAGGGGGGAUGCGGCCUCGCAGUCCCAGCCUGGCGCAGCUGGAGCUCCACCUGUUCUGCACGCCAUCAAGCAGGAGCCGGCAGCCGAGGGGCCGGAGAAACGCCUGGACAUCCUCAACAUCUUUAAGACGUACAUUCCAAAGGACUUUGCGACCCUCUGCCAGGGCUGGGGCGUCAGCAACCCCGGGCUUGAGCACAGAGGGAUGCCCCGGACACAGGCCCGCCCAGGAGACUUCGUCUGCGUCGAGUGUGGGAAGAGCUUUCACCAGCCCAGCCACCUCAGGGCCCACAUGCGGGCGCACACAGUGGUGUUUGAGUGCGACGGACCCCGGGGCGCGGACGCCCACACCCCCUCCGCAGACGCCCCCAAACAAGGGAGAGACCAUCCUAACACAGGUACCGCCCAGACAGUGCCUCUCCGAAAGGGAACCUAAAGACCCGUGUCCGGCAUACCCGGGUCCCCGUAACGGCCGUUCGCAGUCCCCCCGGAUGUUCCUGCAGCCUUCCAGCAGCGACCAUGACCACCACGUGGACAAGCAGCUGGAGGACUCUCAACCAGACACCUCAAGUCCUGGAGCCACCGUGCCGAGCGGAACGGAGGGAGAUGCCUCUCCUUGCUCAGCGUUUAGAAAUAAACGAAGAUGCUCUGCUCUAGCAUACAUGUAGAUAGUCUGUAUGCAUACGUGUGCUCCUCAGCCAUGGUCCAUGUGCUCCGAUGAUGCGCGGUGGUGCUGGCAGGCACGGGAGGCAGGAGCACGAGGCUUCUGUGUUGUUCAUGACAAGUUGGAGACACUGGAAAAAGACUUGCUGUUUGUGGGACAGAGUGGGCGAGUGGAGCCAGCACUGAGUGGGGCCUCCGUGCGUGGAGGGCUGUAGAGAUGAGGGCAGAGCAAGCGUGCAGUGGAGGAGGAGGAAGUCUGAUACUACUGCCUCUCCUGUCCUAGAGGGGUUUCCCGUGGUGGAAGCAGGGAGGGAGGUGGUGCUCAGGUGCUGUGGAAGGCAGGCGGGGUGGAGCGGGCAGUGCGCAGUGGCUCCGUGCACUUCCCCGGAGGCCACGGCCAGCAUGUCCCAUGUGCUUGUUCCACGCUUCCCAGCGGGUGUACCGAGUGAUCCGGCAAAGGAAACAUGUCCAUGGGAGUGCGUGUCCUCUGCUCUGGAAAAGAGAGCCAGUUGAACACUAAGCAAAGCAGGCUUCUUUGUUUAUUCUCAGGACCUUUUUGUAACAGGGCUACAUUCUGCAAACUGCUCACAAAGGAAGACAACACGUCUUAACAAGUUAUUUAGCCACUGACCCCCCAAGUGCAGCGUUAGUGAUGGCAGAAGGGUCCCCGGGCAGUUUGCAGGUCCUAGGCUGCUAGGGCACUGGUGCUCUGGACCUUCUGCUCCCCCCUGCCCACCCCCAGACCUCAUUCAUCCCCUGUCCCCUCUGAACCCCCAACAAGUAGGUGUCCUUUCUCCUUGGGCCUGGUGACCUCAUUCACAGAGGGUGGGGGCCGCGCACCGCGGGGGACGGCUUUAUAUACCUCUUCCUCUGUAACGCAAAUGCAAGUUUGUGUGGUGGGGUUAAGGCCAUAGCAAGGAUCUUCAACCGUGCAGUGUACGCAGCUGAAGUUGUACUCCACAGAUAUAAAUAUUUUCUUUCCCUUUGCCGUGACACUAUGUGUGAUGGUAAUAUUUCUGAGAGUCUCAGAUUUUUGCACAUAUGAUUUUAUGCAUUAUCAAAAGUUACUGCUGCCUUGAAUGAAAAUGUUCUGUGAAAUUUUUUGCAAAAGCUUUACUAGGUUUUUUUUUUAAUUGUGAAAUUUUGUAAAGGCAGGAAAUGGAUUAAAAUGAGCAUGCUAAAUAUAUUUUUCAAAAAAGCAAUAAUUUUACAUGUACAGAAAUUAUCUUAACCUUUAAUACUGGUGAGAGCGACAGUUUACUUAAUACAGUAAUGGAUUAGUGCAGUUUUUGUAGAAAAUGGGCUUCUGAUACAAAGACUUGUCUAAACACACACACACACACACACACACACACACAAACUCUAAGGUGUGGUUUCCUUGUUCUAAUGAUUUGUUGAAUUAUUAUAUUAUUAUUAUUAUUGUUAUUUGUUGUUAUUAGUUAAUGUUUGGUUCUGGAUUC